AUGGCCCGGAGCUUCGCAGCCUUCGGGCUCUGGCUGCUGCUCUGGGUCCUGUGGCACUCGCCGAGAACCGCAGGUUUUCUGAAAGUGGAGGUGGCAGGGAGUCACCAGGCUGUGUUUCUGCAUGAAAAUGCGACCAUCUUAUGCAAGUUUUCUGGUUCUCCACACUUGGACAUCAAUAUUACGGGUAUUACUUGGUUUUGGAAGAGUGAUAUACGUGGAAAAGAGGUCAAGCUGUUUGAACUUUAUGGAGAUCACCAAAAGACACUCCGAUCUGGAGCCAUCGUGUAUCCAUGGGGGCUGGAGAAGGGGGAUGCCUCACUGCAGCUGCUUGGAGUCCAGCUGGGGGAUGCAGGAGAGUACCGAUGUCAGGUGGUGGUCACUCCUGAGGAGGCACAGGGAAGUGUCCGGAUCAACGUUGUGGCUCGCCCAGUCGGCAGACUAUUUCUGGAGCAACCCACAGAGAAAAAGAAUGGCAGCAAACGUUUUGUGUGUAAGUCAAGUGGGUUCUACCCUGAAGCUAUUAACAUAACAUGGGAAAAGUUGACCCCGAAGGCUCCUCAUUACAUAAAGAUUUCUGAAGAUGUUGUCACUAGUCCUGCCAUCAAGAAUGAGGAUGGUACAUUUAAUGUCACUAGCUACUUGAACCUGCAGUCCUCCGUGGAAGACAAUGGGACUGUCUAUCAGUGUGUGAUAUGGCAUACAUCCUUGCCCACCCUCUUGAGGGUCAACAUCACACAGAUUGUGACAGGCUCUGAGAAGACAAAUGCCUUAUGGAUUUUACUCGCCUUUUGGAGUCUGGAGUAG